AUGCCCUCUCCUUUCGACCUAACCGAUCUCUUGAAGAACUACGCAAUUCUCAAGGCUUACUUACACCACCUGGAAAAUGUAUCGCCAUCGCACCCUACAACAGUCGAGCUUCGUCUACUCGUCCGCGACCUACUCCUAGACAGAGCACUAUUCGCUGGAAUCGGCACUGAAGCGUACCGAUCGAGUGGCAUACUAUCUAUCGGUCAGCUUCACGACAUGCACCAACGAAGCAUAGAUGCCGGUUUGGACGACCUCGACGCCUGUUUCGCUCUAGGUCUCCUCCCAGAUGUUCUGGAUGACGCGUUCCUCGAAGCCUUGGCGUCCAAGUUUACCGAGCUUGCCCUUGCUGGUGAUCUCACUGCCUUACACGAUCUAUGCGAACCUGUUGUCCGCACUGGUGAAGUCGAGUGGGAGACAAAUCCUGACUUGCUCCUUGAAUUGCUCGACAGACGUCGACUGGACAUCUAUCGCUAUGUUCUAGACCUGGCGUCACGAACAAAAGACAAAUUCACAAGCCAGCCCGGGCCGUUCCUGCGAGACAUAACCAACGACCCCCUUCACGUCGCCAUACGGCUUGGCCACAUUGAGCAAGCAGAGAACCUUCUACAGCAAGGGGUCACCUUUUUAGGUGUUUACGCUGACGACGAGGUGGGCGGCGGCACAGAGCAUGUAGUCUUGACACCCUUUUCGGCGGCAGUCUACUGGGGGCAGACCGAAAUUGUUCGCGCGAUACUGCUGCGAACACCCCUACCCGAGGGGCUACGAGAGGCAAUCGCCAUCGCGGUCUCUGAUGAGAAUACACAGAUUAUGGAAAUUAUGCUGGCGUUUGGCGUCAUGGACGUUCCACAGUCGACAGCUCCGGAUGACACGUUUGACUGUUUUGCAGGCUUGAGCAUUAUGGAGGCAACUCCCACCGCCGCAUUGCCUCGUGUGUCGUCCGGUCUGAACUGUACUGGAAUCCAGCCGAAUGGUAUUCCAAGCCUGACCAGUAGCCAUCAUACCGAUAAUACCAGCGUGCCAGGUAGCCGCCGCCACGAUCGAGAGGCCAAUGCCCCCAAAGAACGAGUCCGACGGAGAUGCUCUCGCCACCGCCGGCGACUCUUGGGGCAGAGCCUGGUCUCUUCUAUGGAGAUACUGUGCUCUCAGUUCCAUGGGGCUUGCGAAUGCUCGGACCACGAAGAACUUCGCGACUUAGCUGGGGAUUACGUCCAUUCUAAUACAGUUUGGGAUCGUGGCCUUGGUGUGUUCCGUGGCCUGAUGCAGGAUAGUCCGCCAUCGUCGCUUGUGGAAGUUUUCGACGCACUGCUGGUGGCCAAUGCCACGUAUUUAACGUUGCUUUCCAGUGACGAUUCCUUAUCUCUACAGUUUGUUGAUGACCUUGACCGGUGGCGCUCCAUUCUACCAGCAUCAUCGCAACUCCUAUUCGAUGAGCUCGCAUUCCGCAUGUGGGCAUACACGCCGUCAAGUCACAGACCAUCACAACUUGACCCAGAACACCUGCCGCAUUUCCACGACUUGGCUCAAAACCUCAUCUCACUCGAGAAGCGCAAAGAGACCAUACCGUCAAAGAUUUUAUCGCCUGGAAUUAGGCUUGCAGCUAUACAAAGGGCAUUCGAUGACCAAGAAACACAUGUAGGAGUCAGUAGUAUUCAGGCCCAGACGAUACCGGGCCGAUCACAACCGGGGCAAGCCUCCUAUGCCGGAUCAUCGACCCAACGCGAUGAUCUAGUGUGGGCGGACUUUCUACAUAUGGAACGCUUUGAGGAAACUACCGUCAGACAGCCGGCUCCUUCGUCAUCAUUUGAUGGAGGCUGGGAGGACGUUCUCUCGUCGACCACGAUGCUGCUCCUCUUCUCGGUGGCUUUCUCCAUCGUGCUUGCGCUGAUCGUGGGCUUGCACUCUGGAUCGGCAAAUGCCUUCACCGAGACCUUCACUAUUACGUCUCCGGGAUAUCUUCGUUGCUGUGCUCUACUAGCAGAGUACCUUAGAAUGCAUGGCAUCUCGGUUCAAUCCAGCCAAGCUACUGGCGAGCUUUCUGCCUCACCAUUCACAGUACAAUCGCCAGCCCAUGGCUCAGACGCAUGUAUCACGCCGUCGAGCAGCUUCUCGUCGCUCAGCACACUUGAACUCCGCCGGAACCAGCAUCGGCAGCGCCGCAGGUUCGACGACAUCUCGCUCGACGCCGCGCGACCACCGAAACCGAGGCGAUAG